ACCAUCGACCUAUUAAACAGGGGCUGUGGAUCCACGUUGCACCUAGAUGAAGACUCUAUGUUGAUCGCAGCGGUCGCGACAGCUUCGUGGUGGUGGUAGUGGAGUGGUCCUCCUUAUAUUUGCCUGCUCUGAAUUGCCAGGUCUAUUUCUCUGGAACUAUCACUUCGAAAUCUGUUUCAUCUUCGAAAGUAGCCUUGAACCAUACCUGGUCUUGUCUCUAAGGUGCACAAAGGAACGAAUUGACAUCCGAGUAGGCGAUUGUGGAUUUACGUUAUUGUUGAUGAUGAUUUUCCAGCGAGAUUUGUGAGGUCUGGAAUAGUGUUUGAGAAAGGACCUGUUAGUGCCAGAAAAUCAUACGAGAGAAUACAGAAGCACAGACACAGCGAGUUGGAGGAAUUGGAGUGGGGACUCGUGAAUUCUCUGACCGCGAUGGUCGGAAUGAUGUGGAACUUGGGACGGUUGAGAGCGGGAUUUGAGGAUACACCGUUGAGGAUCUUACCUUGUUAACUUUGCUUCAGCAAUUGCUUAUGUUUGGACAGAAAAAAAUUGAGUCGGGCAGGAGUUGUAGACAGCGAACUGAUCAUGUGCUCCUUGAACUGGAGCAUGGGUGCGCCAAAUUCUGAGAGUGAUGAUAAGGAAGCCGUGGGUAGAUUUGACAACAUGGUGAGGGCUGCGAUAUCAGGGGAGACCCAGCGGAAGAUAAGCAGUGGGCGAGUUGAUAUGGUUAGGAAGAUAGAUUUGUCAGUAAAGCUUGACGAAGACAGUGUAGAUGACGACGAGGAAAUGGAAAGUAGUGAACCCGAGGAACACGAUCACACGAUGUCAGAUCACUACAUGCCUAGCGUAAAAGAUGAAGAAGUCAGCAGUCCCCAGCCAAGGUUACAACUUGGCUCUCAACAAUACCAUCAUAGUGGGUGCACGUUUAAAUGCGAGGUUGAAGGGUGUGGCAGUGUCUAUGGAAGCAGAGAUGAAUUGCUCAGCCACAGUCUUACGCACCGGGGCACUAGUGCUAGUGACCGCUCAACAGUGGAAGAUGAUACUCCUCCGACGUCGCCUGCUGGGCUGCCCGCUUCUGAACCCAUACAACUCCAGAGCGAGUUAAGGGAAGCACGCCUGGAGAUCAAACGCCUUGCUGAAGAAAAUGAAUACUUCCAUUCCAUGCUAACUCACCUCACUUUGGAGUGUCACAAACUUCGGAUGCAUAUCGCGGCUUCUGCUCAACGCGAUACUUUGGGCGAUCCAACUCAUAGUCUAGUGACACAGUCGGAGACUGCUGCUGCAUCGCCAGCCACUCAUGAGAAUCUCCAACGGGGCUACACAGAGAAGAAUUCAAAACUCCACACAGCAAGCUCCCCCAAGUCUCCGCCUCGUGAACAAAAUUUAAAGAAGCUGGGUAGAGCACGCAUUCUGUAUAAUGAAUCUCAGAAAUCAGAAGAUAUGAAUGUCGGCACUGCUUCUCCUUCCGGUAGCGAAAUGUCCUCCCUCAAAAGCUCUCCUUCCAGACCGUCGCAUGCUGCCUCACCAUCACAGGAAGCGGAUCGUAUGCAGGAGGGAGCAGAAGAUCAGACUAGUUGGCGACUCAACAAAGUUCAGAAGAUCACGCACACUGACGUUCCGAGUGGUGUGCCUAUCACUCAAGUGGAAGCCGAUCCCAACAUUAGGAAAGCCCGAGUAUCUGUCCGAGCUCGUUCCGAUGCUCCAACGAUGAACGACGGAUGCCAGUGGCGGAAGUACGGUCAGAAGAUGGCUAAAGGGAAUCCCUGUCCUCGUGCAUACUACCGUUGCACUGUUGCGCCUGGGUGCCCAGUUCGGAAACAGGUACAAAGAUGUGCCGACGAUGUUUCGAUUUUGAUCACAACCUACGAAGGCACCCACAACCACCCACUGGCACCGGCUGCUGCAGCGAUGGCAUCCACAACCUCCGCAGCAGCGUGCAUGCUUGUCUCAGGUUCCACUUCCAGUGACAUGAACCGCAUGACGACUGCACCACCUUUCCUUCAGCUAGCAGGUUCCCAAGGGCAGAAUUCCACUGCUGUGCCCAUGAUCUCCGCCUCUGCCCCAUAUCAAACUAUCACGUUAGAUCUGACGAAUGAUUCCACUGCGCAUCUGAGUCCUAGGCUAAACAAAGGCUCCGGCGUCCCACUUGCGAAUUACAAUCAGAACUUUCAGGGUGCAGCUACCACGAGUGGGGUAACAGUCGGACAAAGUGGUGGCCAGCAAGUGAUGAUGCCACCGCAACAGCCUGUCAUAAGAGCUAGCCCCAUGUUCCUCAACAACGUAAUGUCGUAUGCACCUGUCGUCACAAACUGUGCACCCUUGUCGAGUUCGGGGAGCGCUUUUUCCCCAGCUGGCACGUCAGGGGAUCAUCAGGCCAUGCAACACCAACAUCAUCCUCGCACCAGUAGAAUAUACGGGGAUCACCAACCGCAAGCAUCUACACCCACGCACGCCAACUCGCUACUCUCAGCCGGUGUACCACAGUUUUUGGCAGAGUCGGUGACGGCAGCGACAGCUGCAAUUACAUCCGAUCCCAAUUUCACUUACGCUCUGGCAGCUGCAAUUACGUCCAUCAUAUCAUCGCAAAGUAGUCACGAUGUACACAGUAAGUUGACUCAGAUUGCAGCGAACCAGUCGAGGGAGGGAAACCAGCAGAGAAUGUCAUUUCCAUCGUCCGCUUUCACCGCAGUUGCUGCUAGCAGAUCGAAGAAGCCCGACGGUGGACGGAUAUCACCCUCGAGAGCUGUUCCUGAAGAGGCUACCCUCUCCAGUAUGUUGUCCUCUGCAUUGAUGUCCGUGAGCAACAAGGACCAGCCGGCUGCAACAAAGUGCGUGAAGCCAUCAGCUUCGCACGGGUCUAUGGCCAUAUCAGAGCGACAAUGACCAUGAUAGUCGCCGCGGCUAAUCAUUCUAAUUUUAACUCUAAACGUUUCGGGAAGCGAUUUGUUCAACUGAGGGUUUCAUUAGUUUCACGGCUCUUCGACAGCCCAGUCGGGUGGCAGAGAUUUCGAGGCCUGCAGUUGGACUAGGGUAAAGCUUGUGUAUAUUGUUAAAGAGCUGAAUUUAACUUUCCAGUGUUCUUUCUCAGACAAGGCUCUGGGUCCAGCGUGCUAUGCACGAAUUUAAGGUUUCAUUUGUAUCGCCACAAUUGCAUUGAACAUCGUUCCGUUUUUAGAAUUGCAAAGUUGUUACAUAGGUUUCUUGAGUAUAUACAACACAGACAAUCCUCUGCAGUUUUAUUUGUUAAUUACGGGUGGCUAAUCCAUGAUUCGAGAGUUACAUUUGCUAUACAGUUUCAAAUGUGACUUCAAAUUAUGAGAAGAUCUGCAGUUCGGAAAAACAAGGAAACAAGGUGAAGCAUGGGCAUCUUACAUGCUUUGGCACAUA